UUUCUAGUAAUAAAUCAGGUGGAAACCGAACACAACAUAUUCUCAAUACACUUAUGCAUUAUCGUUGAGAAAUACCUUGAUUCGAUUUGCCCAAACAUGCAAUCCAAAGCUUUGUCUACAUGUAAGCUGCUAUGGUACAUAAUAUCAGCACACUUCACCCAAUACAACUGAUGAUGAUGAUGAUGAUUAGUAUGAUGAUGAUGAUGAGGAGGAUGAUGAUGAGUAUGAUGAUGAUAAUGAUGAUGAUGAUGAUGACGACGACGACAACGAUGACGACGACGAUGAUGAUGGUGACGAUGAUGAUGAUGAUGAUGAUGGUGAUAAUGAUGACGACGACGACGAUGAUGAUGACGAUGAUGAUGAUGAUGUUGAUGAAUUUCAUAAAUUGAAUAAGUGUGAAAAUAAACUUUACUUUUCAACACUUUCAGUGCGCGCCUAAUAUGUGUUUACCACGACCUUGUGCCAACAAGAAGGCGGAGUCGAAAACUAUGCAGUUGCUUGUUACGUCUGCCGUCAGCUCAUAAAAACGCUUAAAUAGCGAUUUAAACAUAGGAGGAAGAGUAACAAUGGAGUCCAAAUCAAGUCCAUCAUAUGCCGCGAAUACAACCGAUGGUGUCAGCCUCAUAAACUCGACCUUGGCAAUGUCCCAGGAGUCCGACGAGGUUUGGUGGGCUGACAUUAAGGAACAUAUAAUGAAGAUCACUGCGGCCCUCACAGUCACUUUUAUGUUGAUGGGACUCCUUGGGAAUAUCCUAACGAUGUUGGUAAUGGUGUCCAAAGAAUUUGCAAAGAUGCAAAUUAGGUUCGUUCUAGUAGCGCUGGCAAUAUCUGAUUUAACUUUUAUCGUCACGCAUGUAUUCAAUAAAAGUUUCAUGGUGAAGCUAACCGGACGUGAUAUUCGAGCGUUAUCCGUUGAAGGUUGCAAGAUGUUCUAUCUUGUCUACAGAACGAUGAAGAUGACUUCAUCCUGGUUAGUAGUUAUGGUAUGCAUGGAGAGGUUCAUUUCGGUCGUUUUGCCCUUCAAACGAAACGCUCUGAUAACAAACAGAACAGUUAUCAUUGCUAUAAUAGUUAACUAUGUAUUUAACUCAUUAUAUAACGGGCUGUGGACCGUUUCCACAACAGUUGAGAACAACAUCUGCAAACAAAACUUCCCCAGUCCAGAAAACACAAACCUUCAUAAAGCGUUGAAGCAGAUUGGUACAAUCCUCUUCUCAAUCAUACCCCUAGCUAUCAUGAUUGUGUUGACGCCUGUCAUUGUCUAUCGACUUUACCAACAGCAAGCAAAGAAACGGAACAUGCGUGCAGGCGGAACCUUCACAAACGACAGUGGGGACAUAGAAACAUUUCGAGUUUCUGCCAUGCUGGUAGCCGUUGUGGUGGCAUACGUGGUUUUCAUAAUGCCCGUCACGGUGGUUCAUUUUGCCAUGAAUUCAAGCCAACACAUAUCCAUUCACGAAGCGGACACUCUCGGCUAUUUUGUGAUAAUCGAGGUCGUCCAGUUGCUCGAGCUUCUGAACUAUUCCACGAAUUUUAUCAUGUAUGUCUUGGGGUCUAGAAAGUUCAGGCAAAGUUUCUUUAAACUCCUGCAUCUUCAGAACUGCCUUUUAUCUAAACCAGACGAGAAAUCAUGCCUGUCUGAAACGGAUGUCAAACCGCAACCAUCAUUUGAUCAAUUUUCAAAGUCUGUAUGCGAAACGACGGUUCCGUAAUAAAAAUGCAGUUACUCCUUUAAUGAAAAUGUUAAUUGCAAAUACAACCCCAAAUAAAUUGUUAUGUUUUAUUCAUUAUUUUAUUUUUGUGUUUUAUUUUUUAUUUUUCUGUUGUUUCUAAAGUUGAUAUGGUUAUAUGAUCGAAGAGUAAUCAUUGCGCUGUUUUACCAUCAAUAUCGUUAGGUUAAACAUUUUUCAGACUACAUCUGUAUAUGUAAUAUCGAGUAUUGAGUAUAUGUAAUAAUAAUGUAUUGUUAAUUGUGCUUUUUUCUUUCCCACCAUGCCCAUUUAUUUUCCGAAAUGGUUGGAAAAUCUUUAAAUUGACGCAUGAACAUUUGAUCUAUGUUUGUUUACUGCGUUUUAUCAAUUGAUUUAACAAAUAUUAUUUGAACAUCGAAUGUUUUUUACCCUCACGACUGAUGAAAUAAUCGUUUGCUGUUAAAACCACAUGACUUGUCAAACAGAAAUACAACAGUUUAA